CAGUUACAGAGAAUCAUGCCGGACCCACCUACCGUCAAAGCACCCAAGAAGGGCUCCAAGAAAGCCGUGUCCAAGGCCGUCAGCAAGAGCGGCAAGAAGAAGAGGAAGACCAGGAAGGAGAGCUACGCCAUCUACGUGUACAAGGUGAUGAAGCAGGUCCACCCCGACACCGGCAUCUCCUCCAAGGCCAUGGGCAUCAUGAACUCGUUCGUGAGCGACAUCUUUGAGCGCAUCGCCGGUGAGGCCUCUCGUCUGGCUCACUACAACAAGCGCUCCACCAUCACCUCCCGGGAGAUCCAGACCGCCGUCCGCCUGCUGCUGCCCGGCGAGCUGGCGAAGCACGCCGUGUCUGAGGGAACCAAGGCCGUGACCAAGUACACCAGCUCCAAGUAGACCUAAUGUAGACCAACAACACAACGGCUCUUUUAAGAGCCACACACUUCUACUAAAGACCACCUCCUGAUGUCCAGAGUUAUUAACAUUUAGAACACAUAUAAUAUUUUAAAUAUACCAAGUUGCCUGCAGAUGAUUGCUAGUUGAGAUUCAUAUUUCAGUCCAUGGUGUUAUUUAGUUUUUAUUAUAUAUAUACUGACCAGCUUGUCAGCAGUAUUGUUUUUAUUUAUGGGUUAAAUAUUCAUGGUAGUGUGAGAUUUUAAGUAAUGUUAUAUAAUGCUCUUUAGCAGACUAUGAUGGUCAAAAACAUGAAAAAUAUGGAUUCCUAACUUUGUGGUUGAAAUACCUAUUGGUGUUGGUGAGAUUAUAAGUAAUAAGGUUUAAAUGUUAUUUAAUGCAACUGUAAUGCUCUUGCAGGAUAUGCUAAUUCAUAGCUUUUGAAGCCAUAGUUUUGACUAACUAUGGUUUCAAAGGUAUUUUUCCCCAUUAUGUGGGUGUGAAACCUAACUGAUGCUGUUAAAUGUGUCCGUCUUAUUUGAUUUUUACCUGAUCUGCUUCAUAUUUAAAUAGCCACACAGUUCAUCUAGAAAGUUGAAAUGUUUAUGUUCUUGAGUGUAUAAACAUUUUGUUCAAUUUAAAUAUUAUGCAUGUUCUGCAUUAAAAAAAAAGUUCAAUACUGAUGACGGAUGGAUUUGAAAUACUAAGGAUAAGUAACAUUUAUCAGAUGUGUUAAUAAAAUGGUCUUUUGAAGGUCAUGUUGCUCAAAUCAUCAAAAAAUGGUGGAUGUAAAAAUGUUACGUUUUCCUCAUUGUAUAGACACAUAAUCUUAAACACAUUAAUGAGAGUCCAAAUACCUACAUAGUUACUAGAUUACAAAAUGAUAAUCUUUACUGUAAAGGAUAAAUACACAAUGAAAUGAAACUCGAAUCAUAUAUGAAUGAUUGUUUAAACCUUCAGGUGUUUAACCUAACUUCGACAUGUACAAACUCUUACAUUAGGAUUAUAGAAAAUUCUAAUAUAAUUUAUAACCUAACUUCGACAUGUACAAACUCUUACAUUAGGAUUAUAGAAAAUUCUACUAUAAUUUAUUUCCAAAAGAUUUAAAACAUUUCUGUUCAUAUAUUUAUUCCUUAAUUCAAUUAUUAUAUUGUUUAAAGAUGCCCUUGGAGAUGGGUGGCUGUAUAAUCAUGGAGAUGUAUUUACAUUGAAUAACAUGAAUUUUCCCCCACACUAUUACAUUUAUCAAUUAAGUUUUGCUCUUUGUAUAAACAGGUCUGUAUGAUAUAGAUUAUGUUUUCAAUAUCUGAACAGUUUCUAAUUCACAAAUGUUUCAGACCCCUUGGAAUCCUUUUAAACUGAAAUGUUUCUAUCAUAGAUUGAGCACAUCCUCUUGAUAUCGGCAUGCACAGAGGCAGAUUGGCCAUAGGAGAAACCCCUUGUGGGACUACACAGGUUUGGGCUGUACCAAUACCAGCCCACCCCCAUCACCAACCGGCCCUACAUCUGACAUCACCCCGCCCAACUAAAUUUUGCUCGCAGCAGGGGGUCGCAGGUAGGGUUGGAUAUCGUUUCAAUUUGAACGAUUCCGAUUCCUUGUUUCGCUUCCGGUUCGUUUAGCGUUAAGGAGAAAUUGCCAAAAAUGUGUUUUUCACUAAAUUCAAAACGGCGGAAAAUCUAUUUAGGGCAUUUGCAUACCAUGAUUGACUUUUUUUGUAGAGCAUGCCAAAGAGGACCUGUGUGCCAACUUUCAAGUUGAUCGGGGGCGGUAACUGGCCUAGUGUGGUCUUUUUUAAAUUUCUAGAGGGCGCUAUAGAGACAUUUCUUUAUACCCAAACGUGAGACCCAAAAAUUAUCAAAUGUUUUAACAGUCCGGAUAUCCAUGCCAAAUUAAACAACUUUUUGAAUAUGAUAAAGGCCCGCGGUUUGUGAGAAUAAUAAUAAUAAUUCCUUGAAAUACAAUAGGUUCCUCUACGAUGCCAUGGACAUGAGCUACUUUUUGUAGAUGAGGCCGGUUUUAACCUCGGUACAACCAGGAGACGUGGCAGGAACAUUAUUGGACACCGUGCCAUCAUCAAUGUCCCAGGACAACGUGGUGGUAACAUAACAAUGUGUGCAGCUAUAAGCCAAAAUGGUGUUGUUCACCGUUAUGCAACCAUAGGCCCAUACAACACUGCACACAUUAUUGCAUUCCUGGACACCUUACCCGAUAUGUCAUCAUAUGGGACAAUGUUAGUUUCCAUAGGGCUGCUUGUGAAAUAACUGGUUUGUACACCACCCAUUCUUCAUGGCACUCAACCUCCGUCCAUACUCUCCACUUUUAAAUCCCAUUGAGGAGUUCUUCUCUGCCUGGCGCUGGAAGGUGUACGACCGUCAUCCUCAUCAACAGGUAGCCCUUUUACAGGCAAUGGAGAAGGCAUGUGGAGAUAUUGACCAUGCAUCAUGUCCGGCCUGCAUACGGCAUUCAAGGAGAUAUUUCCCCUGGUGCCUUGGACUGGAGGAUAUCGCAUGCGAUGUAGACAAAAUGUUGUGGCCGGACCCAGAAAGACGACAUGAUGUAGGCUGAUUGUCUUUUUUUUUUUUGUGAAAUAACUUUUGUGUUCUGACUCUGUCUUGGUUUUGAUGAGUGUGAAUAAACACCAAUACAGGAA